AUGCGCAUCGAAAGUGACCUGAUUUUGACGUGGUGUAACUCAACCGCUUCAGCCAAGGCGAGCAGUCCCGGUCACGGCCGUGAGGUGCCACAGCUUGAGCUUGCGAGAGCAGAUUCGACCUGGUUUGGUCCGGUCUCUUACAGGGCGGAACACGAACAACGUCGCCGACCUCGCCACCAAGCCUCCUGCCGGACAUUACCCCCUGCGGCCCAAGCCUCCCCCAGCCGGUCGCCCUCUGGCUGGCCCUCUUUUCCCAACGCGCGCGAUAGAGUGGAGGGCUAUUCUCGGAGACGGCAGCUGGCGCCGAUCUCGUACAGUAGGCUUGCCGCGCUGACCCAGAUGGACUCCAUGUCGGGCUCUGCGCUUCCAAGGCCGAGGCCCAUGUUGCGGUCAACAAGCGCCUCCUCCUGUCGCGGCCGCUUUUGGGCGGCCCUGACCCCGUCAAGCAAGGCGCCAUCCGUUGCCCACCAGUUGACUUGGGACGCCACCGACGCCUGUUGCUUCCAUCGCGUCGUCUGCGGGCGCAGUGACAGCCUGACAGGUGUCGGGGCGGCGGUCGUGGCGGCGGUGCCUGUUGUCUCCUCGGCGAACCGGUCAGCGGAACAGGGCGGCAUUUGCCGGGCGGCCAGCUACUAA